CCAGGCCACAGGAUGAUUCCGGGAGGCUUCAAGGUUCCUGGAGUUCACCGCCACUGACUUCAGCCAGCAAGUGCAAAAGCACUCUUGGCUGCCUCAGCUGCAACCUGCGGCAGUUUUUCCUUCAGUUUAAAGCUUAGAAGAAUUGUGCACCAGGGGCUCCUCCAGCUCUUCCCAGACCCGAGCUGUGCAGCUCCCUCUCUGGGUUCUGCGUAGUGAAAACAUCCUUCAGCCUGCAGCUUCUGUUGCCAGCCUGAAGUCUCCUGAUAUAUAAGAGCUCCGAGAUGAAGUCUCCUCAGAAAAUCCUUAUGACUGCUCCUCUAUUUUUUCUCCUGACCCUUCACACCUUGGUCUCUUCGGGCUAUGACAACUGGACUGACAGCAGACACUCCAAUAGCCAUUACUGCAUAGGGUGUGUGCUGGUGGUGUCUAUCAUUGAACAGUUCACUCAAGUUCACAACUCGACGGUCCAGACCUCAAUGGAGAGACUGUGCAGCUACUUGCCUGAAAAACUAUUCUUGAAGACCACUUGCUAUUCAGUGGUACAUAUAUUUGGACCAGACAUCAUAAAACUAUUCAGAGCAAAUAUGAAUGCUGAUGUGGUAUGUCACACCCUGGAGUUUUGUAAACAGGAUCCUGGCCAACCCUUGUGUCACCUCUAUCCCCUUCCCAAGGAGGCAUGGAAAUUUACACUUGAGAAGGCCAGACAGAUUGUCAAGAAAUCCCCAGCUCUGACAUACUCCAGAAGUGGUUCUGAUAUUUGUUCACUCCCAUUUUUGGCCAAGAUCUGUCAGAAGAUUAAACUAGCUAUACAAAAUUCUGUGCCAUUUGAAGAUGCAGAUUCAGACAAAUAUAGUGAUUUCCCAACACUGCGAGGCUUUCACUGGCGAGGGAGAGAUUGCAACGACAGCAACAGGAUGGCAUACCCAGGCAGAAGGCCAGACAACUGGGACUCGUAUCAAGAUUCAAACUGUAAUGGCAUUUGGGGUGUUGAUCCUAAAGAUGGAAUCCCAUACGAGAAGAAAUUCUGUGAAGGUUCACAGCCCAGGGGAGUCAUUUUGCUGGGAGACUCAGCUGGGGCUCAUUUCCACAUCCCUCCUGACUGGAUCACAGCUUCGCAGAUGUCUUUGAAAUCCUUCUUCAAUUUACCAAUAGCUCUUACCAAUGAGCUUGACUGGCCCCAGCUAUCUGGUACUACUGGAUUUCUGCACUCCACCAGCAGAAUUAAAGAAAACUCUAUUUACCUUCGUUUACGGAAAAGAAACCACUGCAGUCACAGGGACUAUCAGAAUAUUUCCAAAAAUGGUGCAUCCUCCCAAAACCUGGAGAGAUUUAUAGAAAGUUUAUCUAGGAACCAGCUGUUGGACUAUCCAGCCAUUGUCAUAUAUGCCAUGAUUGGAAAUGAUGUCUGCAGUGGGAAUAUUGAUCCUCUCCCAGAAAUGACCACUCCUGAGAAAUUGUACUCCAAGGUCAUGCAGACUCUGCAGUAUCUAGAUUCCCACCUGCCAAACGGCAGUCAUGUUAUUUUACAUGGCUUACCAGAUGGAAGAUUUCUCUGGGAUCAUUUGCAUGACAGAUAUCAUCCUCUUGGCCAGCUCAACAAGGACGUGACCUACGCGCAUUUCUACUCCUUCCUGAACUGUCUCCAGGUCAGCCCCUGCCACGGCUGGAUGUCUUCCAACAAGACGCUGCGGAAUCUUACUUCAGAGAGAGCAGAACAACUCUCCACAACGCUGAAAAAAAUUGCAACCAGUCAGAAAUUUAUGAACUUCGACCUUUUCUACUUAGAUUUCGACUUCCCAGAAAUUGUGAAGAAGUGGCAAAAGAGAGGUGGGCAGCCCUGGCAGCUCAUUGAACCCGUGGAUGGAUUUCACCCUAAUGAGGUGGUUUCACAGCUGUUUGCAGAUCUCUUCUGGGAGAAGAUGCAGCGCCAGUGGCCCCAUGUCCUGGGAAAGGAGAAUCCAUUCAAUCCCCAGAUUGAGCAGGUGUUUGGAGACCAAGGCGGGCACUGAGGCCCCAAGGACAUGUGCUUCUGGGGAGGCAGCAACUUGGGGAGACACUUCUAUUUUGUCCAGGCACCAGCAUGAACCAUAUCUCGCAGUCAUCGUAUCCAUGAUUGGAAGACCUUACCCCGGACUAGCUCCCAGCUUUGUGCGGUUUGCACCUCAUUUCUCCUCCAUGAUCCACAUUCUUCCCAUGCCAGGAGCUGUAGUACGCUUUCUCCUCCUGUGAUCUGACCGCUAGCCCUGCACUUUGUCCCCAUGCUGGUGGACAAUAGGAGCGUACCUGCAAGUCCUUCCUGCCCCAGGAUGGCUGGCAGUAACCUGCACAGAGCUAACAGCUAACCACAUACAUAGUGCAACCUAAAUGGAUCUCCAUUUCACCUUCCCCAAAAUUCCCAUGGCUUUUCCAGAGCCACGGAUAAAAGGGAAAUUGUGACAGAGAUGAAGGAGUUGUGUUUAAAAUAUCUUACUUUUGCCAAUUUUACAAAGCAUAGGACCCUGUGAACUCAUUGCUGGGGCCCCUUCCAGGGCUUUGGAAGAAACUCUAAAACUUAAUCUUUCUUAGACUUAUGGUAAAUCCAUCUCUGCUCACAAGAUUAAUCUGCCAGGUUUGUGUGAGCUUCAGUUUGGGGGGCCAACACACUUAAAAUAUUGUCAAUCCAUUAAUUUCUGCCACCUGAGUCAGAUCCUUGGCUCAGAAUGACCAGCAUAUGUCCCCAGGAGGUAGAUCAGCAGGGGACCAACAAGCUCUCAUGAGGCUGCUUGUUUGAAGCAGGAAAUACAAACUUGGAGAAUAAAUUAAAGAUGUGAGGUGUUGGUCUGUGGUGGUGGUUUAGUUGCUAAGUCGUGUCCAACUCUUGCGACUCCAUGGACUGGAGCCCACCAGGCUCCUCUGUCCAUGAGAUUUUCCAGGCAAGAAUACUGGAGUGGGUUGCCAUUUCCUUCUCCGGGGGAUCUUCCAGACCCAGAAAUUGAACCCAGGUCUCCUGCAUUGCAGGCAGAUUCUUUACUGGCUGAACUAUGAGGGAACUUGGGGAAUAGAUUAAAGAUGUGAGGUGUUGGGCUGUGGACACCUGUUAUACCUGUCUCCUCCUGGUUCUGAUGUUUCAACAUUUCAUCUUACUUCUGAGCACUAAAAUACCAACACUCGUGUUGUUUUGUUAUUGUUUUUUUUAAAUCUGAAAUCUAAAUCAUUCAGUCUCAAAAUAUACCCAGAGAACACUGCACUAAAAUUUUGUAUUCCUUUAGAAAGAAUUCUAUUCAAUCCCCUCUGUUUAAAAUGCUUCCAAGUUAAUGCAUUGCUAUUCUAAUUUUUAUUUCCCAGAGUACCAGUGAAGUUGAUCAUCUUAUAUUGCUUUUGCUGUUGUUGGGGGCAUGCAGAAUUCAUUUUAGGCCUUGAUCUUUUUACAGAAGGCCCUGAAGGAAUAGAGUUAUUUUAUUGGGGUAAACUAGAAGGGGGUAUAGGGAGAUUUAGAGGGUCCAGGGAGGGAGUUCCCAGGGAAGACUGAUCUGAGUCUGAUCACCUCCUGUCUCCCACUCCAGAUGUCAUCUUUGUCCUUGCUCCUUAUUCCUAUUUAAAUUCUCUUAGAGACUGAACUCCCACCUUAGGGAUUAUUUAACCAGUUCCAUCUUUCUCAUUCCCCAUGUGAACCAGUUCAGAUGGGAGAAUGGAGGCCCUUGGGUUCUGAGCCCUGGCCUCCUUCCUAGCACAGCAACAAGAAACCAUAGGAUGAGAGAAGAUGAUACUCCUUUCUCACAAAUACUGCACAAAAUAAAUACUAGGUAUCACUACUGUCUCCACAAGAACUGGACUCCCAAGUCAGGCCCACCCUCCUGGAUUGGGAGUCCAGAGUGAGGCAUGUCCACUUAGGGCUCCAUUUUCUAUCCUCCAGUCUAGACAUGUUCUUUCUUUGAGAUCCAACUAUGGCUUUCUCUCUGGUUUGGGGAUAUCCUGUCCUUGUAAGGUGUUGUGUGCACUUCUGAUGACUUCUGAGUGUCCAGAAUUUAUCGUGGAGCCAUGGGGGACAGCUUCUAUCCCAUAUUUCUGUACUGGUGCCCCUUGAGCUACUAUCAUCAGCCUCCAGUUUUUCAGAAUCGUAGUGUGUGAAUGCUGCCCUCUGAGAGGCACCCUCUUUAUUGGGGUAGCUUGCACCCCCUCCAUGCCCUUCCCCCAGCCUGGAGUGACCUCCUAGAGACAAGCACCUGAACCUGAACAGAAGCUCCAGGAGAUGAGAACCUGGCCAGUCAGGCUCACUCUGUAUCCACAGGCCUACAACAAUACCUGUCCAUGAAGAGGUGCUCGAUAAGUACUACUGAGUGAAAGAAUGAAUGAGAUAUUAGAGUUGCUUUCCAGGAUACACUUCCUUAUAUCUUGCUAUUAGGCAAAAAAAAGGAGCGUUUUUUCUGCCCCAUUUGAGUUAGUUCCAUUGAAUCACACUGCUUAUGGUGAGAAAGGUAAAAAAGAAAAGCAAUCAACACAGGGAAUGCUUUCCUUUCUGGGCUCCCUUGGUGGAGAGGCAUGAUCUUCAUCUAAACACCCCAAUACUAUAUUGUCAUUUGUUUCUCCUUUGUUCAGA